AUGGCAGAUCCUACAAUGAGGCUUCUCACAGAAGCCCAUCAAAGUGAUAUUGUCACUCUCCGUAAACAGCUGCUGGGCGUCCUGGUUUCCAUGUCUUGGAGGGUGGACAAUGAGGAGACCCUGGAAAGUCCUUCAAGCAACAGGAGAUGGCAUGAAGCCGAUGUUGCUCGCCCUUGCAUAUGUUUAUUUCUGAUGUAUUCUCAAGACAUGUUUGAAUGCCAAGCUGUGAAUGGAGAAAUGCACAAUAAUAUUUCUCCUUUGAUUUGUAGCCCCAAUGUAUGUGCUGUGCUGAAACUCAUUGGAACCAACAAGAAAUACAUGCCGAAUUGCAAACUGUGGUACCAGAAGAAAAUAUGUGGAAAAUCAACCUUUGCCACUUGCCAAUCUUUAUGAGACACUUGGAGUUGUCGGAGCCACCACCACUCAGAUCUAUUCUGCCAGCUCUAACCUGAGUGCUGAAAUCACAGGGCCUGGCAGCUACACAAUCUUUGCCCCCACCAAUGAGGCCUGGGCGUCAUUGCCUGCUGAAGUGUUGGAUUCGUUGGUGAGCAAUGUCAAUAUUGAGCUGCUAAAUGCUCUGCGAUAUCACAUGGUGAAUAAACGAAUCCUAACUGAUGAGCUAAGACACGGACUUUCUCUCCCUUCAAUGUACCAGAAUAUUGACAUCAAGAUUCAUCAUUACCCAAACGGAUUUGUGUUUGGUAAAGGAGGGCUGGUCAAUAACUUUUGCAUUAAUAAGGAUAAUCAUAGACAACACUUGGAUCUGAGUUAUAUAUUACUAAAGCAUACAGGAGAUUGGAAGCCAGGAGAAUCAGCAUUCAGAACAUCAUUGCUUAGUUACAAACUGGGAAAGAAAGCAGCUAAAACUCUGCUGGAGUUGGGGAAGGAAUCCGAUGUUUCAACAUCUAUUGACCUUUUUAGACAAGUUGGUCUCGGUUCACAUCUUACUGGGAAUGAGCGUUUGACAGUCCUGGCUCCUAUCAAUUCUUUCUACAAAGAUCACAGUCCUUCACCAAACAGAAAUUUGCUCCAAAAUCAUAUAAUCAAAGAGCAGCUUUCUUCUAAAUACCUUUUCCAUGGGCAGAAGCUAGAAACUUUGGGUGGCAAAGAACUGAGAGUAUUUGUGUACCGCAAUUACCCUGGUGGCUGCCAUCCAAUCUGCAGGCCUCACUGAAACACUGAAUAGGCCAAGAUCCUUCACAGUGUUUGCACCGACAAAUGAAGCUUUUCAAUCCAUGCCUCAGAGGGAGCUGAACAGACUUAUGGGUAAUGCACAAGAACUUGCCAACAUCCUGAAGUACCACAUUGGGGAUGAAAUUUUAGUGAGUGGAGCAGUUGGUGCUGCUGUAAGAAUCAAGUCUCUGCAGGGUGAUAAACUGGAAGUCAGCUCUCUUCUAGGCAUAAUGAAAGAGGUGAUGAACCCGCAGAUCCUUCUCUUGAAAUCUUCAAGCAUGCUUCUGCAUUAUCCAAGAUUUCGCUAAUGGAUGCUCGACUCGCUCCUGCAUAUUCCAGAUUGUUAGCCAGGAUGAAACAGUAAAGUGACAGCAAAUCUACAUGUCAAGCACAAUCAAGGAUUCAGUUGAUUUUUACUGUGGAAAGCAAAGCCUAAAUUUAAACGGAACAAAACACCACCAUGUAGGUGGAAUGUAUCUUAAUACAGAGGUUAUCUUCUUUUUGAAGUGAAAUAAAAGAAAGAAAAUAAAAGCCAUAUAGCCAGACACAGCCAAACACACCCAUCACUUUAUAAGAUUACUUUGUCCUCAAUAGUAGCGGAUAAUUUAGGAAAUAUCUAUUCCAAAAUUAUUUAGGUCAUAUGAGCUUAAGCAAAGAAAAAACCCUAGUAUAUGUAGGUGCUAUCAAGAAAAGAAACCAGGUGUCAUAUACUAAGCUCAUCCAUUAAACUGUUAGCCCAAUGCCUUUUGCUUCACUGGACAAAAGUUGCCCUAGUUUUCAAAGGAACAGCUUCCCUGUGUUUUCUGAUAGAACUAGUGUCAGUGCCUUAGAUCUUAUGUAUAUAACCUUGCUCAGUUCCAGUGAAUAGGUUUCCUCCAUAAAUUAUUUUUUUCAGUGGUUUCUACGAUUUAUUUGGACUUUAGCUGAGAAAAUGAAGACAUUGAGCACUUAGUCUAAAUAAUUCUCAGGUUGGCUUCCAUUUUGUUUGUCUAUAUUCUCUCUGGAGACCAAAUUGCAAUCCUUAAAACUAUACUUUCAUAUUCACUUCUAAAACAAUUGCUAGAGAUCAAGAGCCUAAACUAUUUUUAUGUUCUUAAGUCCAAUGGGGUGAAUGGUCUUUUUUUUUUUGUAAGGUUCAAACAAUAGGAUUUUGCUUCUAUAUAGUUUUGUCAAGGAAUAUUUUUGGAUAGAGUCAGAGAGCCAUUCAUGUAAAUUUACUGUAUACUGGCGGAAUCAUUACUUUCUCUUUACAUAUUGGGAAUCUUUAAAUUGUAAUGCUCUUUUUAAAAUUGCACUCUUUUUAAACAAAAAUACCGUAGAAUAAACUUUGGGUUUAAGAUUCUAUCUCUAUUUAUGGUUUGAGGCUCACAAUCUUCCCAUCUCUACAAGUUGACCUUCUUCAUAGGUGUCUGGAUAGGGGAAGGGAGGCAAGAGGGGCAAAAAUGACAAAAUGUGCAUUAUGACCUGAUGAUGCACAACUCAUGGGUUUUGUCUUACAUACCUUACACACAUUUCAUAACAGUUUUGCCAUUGACUGUGGUAGAGGAUCUCAAUGACCCUCUUCGUGCCGUUCCAAGGUCUCAUUUGAAUUUUCAGCCCUAGUUAUGUUAUGAAAAGGAAGCCUGAAACUUCAUGAUGAUAAUCAAACCCUUUUCUUCUCAGUUGCAAUAACUUGGAAUUACAUUUGUAUAGACAUAUUUUAUGCAAAGUAAAAUUGAAUUUUGUCAAUUGAAUGUGGCUCUGUCAGUGACAAUCCAAAUCUGGGUUUCUUUCUGCUCUCUCUCUCUCAUAGUGUGCCAUCUCCAGAUCUGAUUUAAAAAAACAACAACCCUU